CAAUGUAGGACCCCUUCCUACCAUUACACACACUCACACACACACACACGUGCAUGCAUACACUCCACACUGGCAUGGCACACAUCAGGAGCAGCAGCAUACGACAUGAGAGAACUACCUGUUCUUUGCUCUCAGCUGGAUAUUUUGGAGGAACAGUCCGUUUUGGAGGCGCGUGUGAGCCGGGGGAGCAUUGUUCAGCAGGGGACAAGAGCUGAGAGCAGUGAGCUCAGAUGGGACCAUGGUUAUGUUGAAGAUCUCUGCUUUCCUCGUUGCCUACGCCCUGGUCAUUUGCCAGAUGUACUGCUCACAAGCCGCGCCUGCCAGACCGGGUUUAGAGUCCAUGUCAGACCGAGUCACGCUCACGGACUACGAAGCACGAAGGUUACUCAACGCCAUUGUGAAGGAGUUUGUGCAGAUGACGGCGGAGGAGCUGGAGCAGCAGGCAACUGAGGGAAACAGCAUGGACAGGCCCUUAACCAAGCGCUGCUCCAACCUCAGCACCUGUGUGUUGGGUAAACUGUCUCAGGAGCUGCACAAGUUGCAGACUUUCCCUCGCACGAACGUGGGAGCAGGAACGCCCGGCAAGAAGCGCAGUGCGCCUGAGAGCGACAGCUAUGCAAGCUACGGCGAGACGUUUGAAAGCAUCUAAACCCCUUCCUCCUCAUCCACCCUUAAACCCGCUUUUACUUUUCCCGCAUCUCCUCUUCCUUUGUCAUUCUUUCCCCCGUCCUUCUCUUCUGUCAUCUUCCUCUCCUCAUCCCAGUUUCUUUCUGGAAUGGGACGUGCAUGCUGAUAUUACCUGCUUGAUUGACAUGAAGAUUAUGACUUUGAACUGCAGUUUUUCAGUUCUUUUUCUCCCCCUCUUCCCCCCCAUAUUUCUUUUGGCAGAGAAUGAUUUGUCCCUGUAAUCUCAGACGAUUUUCACAAGUGUAAUUCAGGAGCCAAUUCAUACAUCCAUCUCUGUGUACUGUAUGUGGAGUAAUUUGAUGGCAUUUCAAAGCCCCUGAAACUCAAGAGUUGAGAGCGAUCACUUAAUCUAAACGUUAAUAAAUGAUCCACUCAUGCGACACCAUGUUUGUUGGUCAAUAAACGUAUUUUUCUACCAGGAAGGCUUAGGUCAUUUUCAUUCUUAGGGACUCUAAAACAAACAUGUAGCCACCUAUGCAGACAGUCAAUGGCCAUUUUAAAUGAUGGGCCUAAAUAAGAGUUUUAGAGCCUUUAAAAUUUUGUCUGAAGCUGUCACCGAGUCCAAAGGUAAGACAAACACUCAGAUGCAUUCUGUUUUUAAGCUGUAAAUCCAAACGUGAUGUAUUUUCAGUUCUUUGAUGUUAGUGUUAAUGUGUAUAGCUGUGUCUUACAUUAUUGUAUGGAUGGCAGUGCCCCAAUCUUUUCGUUAAGCCCCUUU